AUGGCAGGAAAAGGAAAAACUCUGAAGGAACUGAUGGCCUCCCGAGGGAAAGGCCAGUCGUCGAAAGGACAGUCAUCGAAAGCACCAACUCCACCACAGGGCAAGACCUUCCCUCCUGUGGCUCCUACGGACACCUCGGAGCUUGGCCUUAAGGAGUCGGAGAACCGGCGCAAAUCUGCAGAUGCUGGUUUGAAGAAUGUUGAGGCCCAGGCGGAGGACCAGCGCAAGGAGCUGUUCGCGACCCAGAUCAACCUCGCCACCGAGAAACAGGCAGUGCAGGACCUCAAGACUGCUCUGCAAAAGGUCGAGGAUGAGUUGCUGCGGGAGAUCCGAGAGAAGCUUGAUGACGCCCAAAUGGUUUCAGAGCAGGAUCUGGCGACGCCUGAUGCUGUCCUUGUGCCCGAUAUGGCGAAGGAUCCCGUCGCAGACUCUACCAUCGAGGAAGGUGUCAUGCAGACCCAUGAUGAAGAAACUAAAAAGUUUUUCAAACACUCCAGUGUCCAUUGUGUGCUGGCUCCUCGUUAUGCGAGCAAUAAGCUUAGUAUUUUCAAGCAACAGAAUCUUCUAGUCCAGGUGGUGGGAACCCUUUUCACACAUCAUCAGAAGUGCGUAGUUCUUGACACUCAAGCUUCUGGAAACAACCGAAAAAUAACUGCUUUUAUUGGUGGUUUGGAUUUGUGUGAUGGCAGAUAUGAUACUCCUGAGCACAGGCUUUUCGGUGAUCUUGACACUGUCUUUAAAAAUGAUUUUCAUAAUCCUACAUUUCCAUCUUGUGUCAAUGGCCCAAGGCAACCAUGGCAUGAUUUACAUUGUAAAAUCGAGGGUCCUGCUGCAUAUGAUAUAUUGACAAAUUUUGAACAAAGAUGGAGGAAAACAAAAUGGCGCGACUUCAGGCUCAAAAAGGUGACUAAAUGGCAUGACGAUUCUUUAAUAAAGAUAGACCGGCUCUCAUGGAUGGUCACUCCCUCUUCUGGUCCUGAUGGUGAUCAUAAUGUCCGUGUUAGUGACGAAAAAGAUCCUGAGAAUUGGCAUGUGCAGGUAUUCCGAUCCAUUGAUUCAGGGUCUGUGAAGGGAUUUCCAAAGGGUGUUCACGAAGCUGAGGCUCAGAAACUUGUCUGUGCAAAGAACUUGAAAGUAGAUAAGAGCAUACAUGCUGCAUAUGUGAAAGCAAUAAGAUCAGCACAGCAUUUUAUAUACAUAGAGAACCAGUAUUUUAUUGGGUCAUCGUAUUAUUGGCCUUCAUACAAAAAUGCAGGUGCAGACAACUUGAUUCCUAUGGAAUUGGCCUUGAAAAUUGCCAGCAAAAUCAGUGCAAAUGAAAGUUUUGCUGUAUAUAUAGUGAUACCAUUGUGGCCAGAGGGUGUCCCAACUAGUGCUUCUGUGCAGGAAAUUUUAUUCUGGCAGGGACAAACAAUGGCGAUGAUGUACAAGAUUGUUGCACAGGCCCUUGAAAAAGCAGGCCUUUCUGAUCAAUAUCAUCCACGGGAUUAUUUGAAUUUUUACUGUCUUGGUAAGCGUGAAGCUUCAUCUUCGGGAAGUUCAUCUCAGAGGAAUCAAGAAACUGAAAACCAUGCAUUGGCAGCAGCUCAAAAGUUUGGUCGUUUUAUGAUUUAUGUACAUGCUAAAGGUAUGAUAGUUGAUGAUGAAUAUAUAAUCAUGGGAUCUGCAAACAUUAACCAGAGAUCCCUGGAUGGUUCAAGGGACACAGAAAUUGCUAUGGGUGCUUACCAACCAAACUACACAUGGGCAGGAAAGAAUUCUCAUCCACACGGCCAGGUAUACGGCUAUCGAAUGUCUCUAUGGGCUGAACACCUUUGCGAACUUGAGGAUACCUUUCAUGAACCACAAAGCAUUGAAUGUGUUAGGCAUGUCAAUAAAAUCGCCACAUAUAAUUGGGAAGCAUUUGUGGCUGAGGAGGAGAAGGAGAUGAAGGGAAAUUUAAUGUUGUAUCCAAUUCAGGUCAGCAGAGAUGGAAACGUCAAUUCAUUGAGUGGUAAUGAAUCCUUCCCUGAUGUUGGUGGUAAAAUACUUGGAGCCCCCACCAAUCUUCCAGAUGUAUUAACCACUUAACUAGUUAAUUUAAGCCUGGAAAUGAAGUCAAUGAUAUAUAAGUUUGAAUAAUUCUAAAUACCCCCAUACACUCAAAGAAUAGAGAGGGAUGAUGAUCAAAUUUUGAUCUACAAUGCUGUUGGUUUUAACUUUUCGUCCCUAAUGCACAAAACUCCACUUCUACGGUUAUGGGAAAGAUGAUUGAUACGCAGCCUUACCACAAAUUGUUUUUGGAAAGGUUGAUUCCUGGGAUGGUUUUAACAUGUAAAGUAUAUAUUUGUGCAGUCCAUAAAGGACAAUGAGGCCUUUU